AGUAACAUUGCUGGAGUAGGCCAGUCUAGUUGGGCAGCACAUUCCCCAAGACUUGGACCUGGUCAAAUGGGCUUUAAUAUUUCUUGCUUUUUUGUGGUCGUCUUGAGUACAACUUGCCUGAUCACUGAAGCAUCGUUUGAGAGCCAGUGUGUAGUAGAGGGUAGUGAGGUGAACUUCCACUGCCCCAAUGAAGAUUCGUGGUUCAUCAACUCAGGAGAAGUAUAUGAAGAUAGUCCCGGUGUACUCAACUUCACCACCUCUGAAGAGACUGGAGAUGGCUACCUCACUGUCACUGCAGGCUCGGCCUAUGUAGAGCAAUUCAAUCAUACCUCACUGAUCCACUGCUCGCAGAGAAACAUCCGAAGCAAACUUUUUGCCAUGCUAGUCAUUACAAAUGAGUCGCAACCAGAGCAGCAGUUUUUCCCAAUGCUCACUCCACUGACUUGGACCAACCUCUCCCUGCUGUGGUUCCCACCAUAUUGCUGCUGCUGUUACUCAUACGAAUACGUGGAGUAUACCUACACCGUGACACUGACCACAGAGAGUGGACCCAGUGUGAAUGAGACUGUUGUUUCCCACACUGGCAACGGUACAGUGGAGAUAGAGCUGAUGAUGGAUGGGUACCAGUGUGAAGAGUUCAGCGUUGAAAUCUCUCUUCCUGGGAACUGUCAGCCGGCAAAGAUCUCUGGAGCUCUGCUAUUAGGUAAGUCUUUACCGUAGUUGUGUACCCUAAGCCACAGGGUCUGAAAGCUGUUCUCCUGAACACUACAAGUUUAGCUCUAACGUGGACACAUCCUGACACCACUCAACUCAUGGUGGCCCAAGAUGAGCAGUUGACCUACUUGAUAAGAGGAGAUAUCUUUACCACCGGGGAACAAGUGUUUGAAUACACGACCUCCAUUAUUCCAUCCACUACUCCGUGGGAGGUGGUAGAUCUCUCUGGUAAAGAAUGCCAGGAAAUCAAGUUUUCAGUUUCUCUGGUGAGAGACUGCCGUGUCCUAAGCACUACUGCUGUUCUACCAGCCUAUCCCGCAGAGUUCUCCUGGGAAAAAAUCCUUGUGAAGCAUUUCUUCAGUGCUAACCUAAACCUGAACAAGAUUGAAAUAUCAUUUGUGUCUCCAGCUCUGUGUCAGUCUCAAGAGGCCAACUACACCGUCAUCAUCACUCAGACUGCCAGUGGAGAGGUGUGGCAGGUAGCCAGUUGCCCACUGAGGGAGAGACCAGGGGAUCUGGUGAGGGUUGACCUGACUGAGGUCCAGUGGCUCAGUCUUGAGGAAAAGUACAGGGUCACUGUGACCAUAUCAACUGUACUGGGGGAUAUCAGCUCCACUACUGAGUUUGAUAUUUGCACCUCAUUUGGUGGAGUCGUCAGGGAUCUGUCUGUGGAGUCUUUUGGUAGAAAUGACGCCCUCCUUUCCUGGCAGCACCAGUGGUCGUGCAACUUCACAUCAGCCCUCCCGGUGACAUACACAGUCACUGCUAGUCUGGUGGGGUCUGGGGACAGUGUCUAUGAGGACCAUCUGACUGUGGCUGGGGAUGCAACUCGCUCACUGCCUCUCAGAAUGGAGGAGCAUGCCUGCAGAGCCAUCAACUACUCUGUGGCUCUCUAUGGAAUAAACCGUGUCUUGAACUCUACCGUGCAUACUUUACCAGCAUAUCCUGUGUCUUUUGAACAAGAUGUCACUGCAGAGCCGGCUUUUGAAAGUGAUGGAAACUUUAAACAUUUUGAAAUUGAGUUCAAACCUCCCAAGCUUUGUGAUUUUCAAGACUCCAGUUACGUCCUGAGCUACACAGGAGGGAACCAGUCUUGGGUUCACCAUCCAGUAGCCAUCAGGGACACUGGCUGGGUGGUGAAGGAAGAGAUUGAAUCUGAAAUGAGACCCAAUACUGAGUACACCAUCACAGUCACUGUGAUUACCGACUCCCACAACAUUACCUCCAACACCACUGUGGAGUAUAGGACAACAUCCACCAGUGAGUUUGGUAAGUCAGUGCCUGGUUCUUCACAUAAAGCAGACUUGGAUGUGGGCGUGAUUGCUGUGAGUGGAUCUACUGGGUGCAUCGUCCUAGUCAUUGUGGUAGGAGGUGGGAUUCUUAUCGCCCGCAUCAGAGUGUCCAAGACCAGGAGGGAGAAGGGAAGACUAGUGAGGGCUAGAGCUAAUGCCAUGGUCCACAAUCCUCUCUACGAGGGAAACGACGGCCACUACGAACAGCUCCCUGAUUGCAGGGGUCGACCCCCUCCCUCGAUCCCACUCCCCUCGGCUCCACCCCUCCCUACUCCAUCUUACCCCGACUCCAUACCCCACAUCCCUCCCCCAAGGGAGAACCAUGGCACCAGCCUCCCAGGGCUGGAGAAAUUUACCCCGAAAGACCGGAGUAGUGUGGGCCUCCCGGAGUCAAAAUCCCUCAGUCGGAUGUCACACUACUCCAGCGAGGACUGCUAUACCGUCAUGAACUCCGCUGGCACGCUCACCAUCCUCCCUCGUUUCACCAUCACAGUCACACCCUCCUUGGCUCCCACUGCUGAUGAUGAUGAAAAGGGAACCCCCUCGAUUAAGAGCAGUGAUGACAAGUGUGCAGACGAUGACGACGUGUCUGUGUGAGUGAUGGUUGGGAGAUUUGACAGUCGAUAAACUUUCCCCGGAAUUUUAUAUAUCCUCGUAAUACAUGUGUACUCAUGAGUAGCUAGGCCGGUAGUUUUCGCAAAUGACAGGUAACGAACGAUAUUCCUAAUAUGCUCUUGCGAUAAGAGCCCGUGAGUGUUGUUUGUCUCAUGACAAAGUAAUUGAUUUUGGGACUGCUGCGGUG